CUGAAAUUCUAUCUGAAAAUCAUGGCAGCCCCCUGUGUGCGACAUGUUACUUUUUUAUUUCACUGCAAACAUUCAUUUUCACGCACCCAUAGUGUUCUAAAUAAAUUGAAUGUUCCCUUUAAAGUAGUUACCCGUUGUCAUGCAAGAUGGUUCCGACCCAUGUUAGCUGAUAUCAACCGACAGAUAAACGCAAUCAAAAAGAAAUAUGGGAAAGAAGAAAAUAAGCCCCGUUCCCACCAAGAAAACUGGAAUUAUGGCAGUGAGUUAUAUGCUUUUGGCAAAAGGCUCGGUGAAGAAUUCUCGGAGGACUCAUUACGUACAGCCUUCACGAAUAAGUGCUACAUAGAGAAAGAGGAGACUGCACGAGGAGAAUUGGGACUCGAGGGAAACACUGCCCUCCUGCAUUUAGAGGACAACUCAAGAUUAGCAGCAAGAGGGAUGGAAUUUGUCUCAGAAUACGUUAUGACCUACUUGCGAUCUGUUUAUCCAAGCUUACCUCAAGAAGCCAUCCAGACGAUUCAUGACUACCUGGUCAACUUAGAUAUGAUUGUGCAUAUUUCCAGCAAAUUAGGGGUUCCAGAUCUCACCCUCUCUGCAGAAUUUCCCAUCCCUGCUCAAGUUCUGAAGGCUACUUUUAUGUCAAUAAUUGGUGCCCUUCUAGAAGACCAGGGUCUAGAGAGCGCAGGCACUUUUGUGAAGGAUUUCAUUCUUACUCAGUUGAUUGAAAAGGAUCUAAUGGAACUAUGGAACCCAGUUGAUCCAAUGAAGAUCCUCCUGCAAUGCAUUGAUGCUGAUAAGAGAGAGCUGGUAGAACCAAGAAUAAUGCGUCAGGUUGGCGUAAACACAGCUGUUCCUGUGUAUGUAGUGGGUGUAUACUGCGACAAACAACUACUUGGCUGGGCUGCGGGAGAAUCUGUUUCAGCUGCUGAAGAUGAGGCUACAAGAGUUGUUCUGCGGAAGAUGUUCAGGAUCGGGGAAGGGAGUCCACCCCUUCCCCUUGACUCAACCAAACAUGCUAAGCUUAACUCAACUAUUAUACAACAAUUACAGAUGAACACACAACAAGCAAAGAUAACUGCUUCAUGAUCAUUGCUUGAUCAUAUGACUUGAAAUCAUAAUGAGAAUGAUGGGUGCUAUAACAAAUCAACCACAUUUUAUUAUAUGCUAUAUCAGAUGAAUAUAUUAUGUUUAUCUCUAGUGCAGUAGCUGUACUUUGCUGUAUCAGGUGAUGAUAUUAUGUUACAGUAGCCAUCCAUCCUUCCACCUUCCUCUAUGCCUUCCUC